AUGGAAGAAAGAAAGCGGUCUGUUACUGUUGCCAUCGAUUUUGGAACGACAUACUCCGGGUUCGGUUUUGCUGAAGCAAACGUUUCGGGCGAGUCGGGUAUACAAGUAUUUCGUGGAUGGGGUCGUGGCCAAGGAUUCAGCUUCUACAAAACGCCAACCAGCGUCCUAUUAGCGCCGGAUGGAAAUUUUAGCAAAUUUGGCCAUGCUGCUGUCGAAGCUUAUGCCAAAAAUCUGGCUAAAGGAAAUAAUCAGGAUAUCAUUUACUUUGAGAGGUUCAAGUUAGUUCUCUACAAUACAAAGGCAAGUGGUUUGUUUACGCUUUCGCGUCCAGCUCACGGGUACCUUUUGUCUCAGCUUUUAUUGAUUUCUUAAAAAUUCCUUCAUUUUUUCUUUCUCCUCCUGUCUCCUUUCUGCUCUAAUCUAAUUUAUAAGUUUUGCCUCUGAAUUCUUGUUGAUAUCUAUAGUGAAAAUGCCGUUCAAAAUUCUGUGACAACACAGCAAAGAGAACAUUUUUGAAAAACCAACAUGUCCAAAUGAAACGACGCGCGCAUAGAUUCCCAAGUGAUUGUGUGAACUGAUGAAAGAAAAAGCCACGCACGCUGAUGUUUUGUCUUGUUGAUAUUACCGACAGCCUAAGCAUUCCUCACGAAAGAAAGCACUUUAAUCAGAUAUUGAGGUGAAAUUUCUGCAUUAUAAUGCCUUUUGCAAACAGUCUCAUUUUCUGGCGUUGUUUUUAUCUUUUCUCAGCAUGAAAUUAGGACAUAUUACAAAAGACCUAUUUAAAGGAGACCGCUCCUUUCUCGAAGCUCAUUUUCAACAAAAUUAAUCAUGGUUUUGCUGCCAAAUUGUCUUCUCGUUCAGAAUAUUUCUUUAACUAAAAUACGAUCAAACCGAUUUUUCAAAUGUAAUUUUCUGGAACGAUAUUUAAUCAGGUUUUCGCUUUGUUUAUUUGUAUGCGAUCAAGUGAAGAUUCCAGUUUUGUCAAAACGACCUGACAGACGAGGUCAAUUGAUCCUAAGUAUUUAUGUUACAAAAGUAGACAGCUCAAAUUGGUUUAAUGUGACACGCCUUCGAUUUUUCUUUAAGUGUGGGCCGCUGUUAAAUACUGGAAAAUUCAAGAACAAUAGCUAAAUAUCGUUAUUAGGUGUUUCAUAGCACUGAAUUUUUCUUUGGUGGUCUUUCAGCUCUCGAACUUAACCACCAUUAAAACACAGGAUCAAUUCGUCCCAGUUUCGUCUACAAAUGAAAAGAAUAACAUCGCAAAGCAUCACAUAAGUAUCACGUCGAACUGAUGAGUAAGGCCGUCUCAUCCUCAUUAAUUUUGUUCUCUCUUAAACUGCGUGGCGGAAUCUUGAUGUAACAAUUAAUAAAUAGAUUGUGUAAACACCUGGAAGAUCGCGGGCCCGUUUUCCCAUCUGCUAAGUUAAUAUUUACCGGGCUUGGAAACCAAUGUUAUGUCCUUUAGUUUAGAGCAAUAUUUUAAGCGACCUUAGUAUAAAAAAAUAAUAUUUCUGACUUGCUUUUUUAAAAUAACCGGGAGGAUGAAUAGGGCCAAGAUGAAUGAAUAAAAUGAAACAUGCAUGACUGAGUGUUGUUGUAAAUAUUUCUAAACACGGACGGAAAAAAUCCAAAACAAGACUUGACUUUCAUUGUUAGGCUCUUUCCCAGGACACCAGCUUGAUGGCAUCAAGCGGAGCAGUAGUCAAAGCUUUGGACUUGUUCUCAGUGUGCCUGGCAUAUUUGGGUGACAAGGCAAUGGAAUGCAUCAAUGCCAGUGGUCAGCGGGGUAAAACUUAUGAGUCGCGUGAUGUACAAUGGGUGGUAACGGUUCCCGCCAUUUGGGAGCCGACUGCCAAAGAAUUCAUGCGAGAGGCAGCUUAUAAGGUAAUUCAUAAACACUUCUUUUGCUUGAAUCAAUUUAAUCUCUAUAGAGUACCGUAUAACUGUAGACUCUUUUCCAAGAAGUUAAGACUAAAUUCAAAAGCUUUAUGACGCUUAAAAUACAUAUUCUGUAAUAAUUUGUUUUAGGUGAAAUACACUAGUAACCCCACUCCAAAAUUCCAUAGUAUGGGCUCGUAGAAAAUAUUCUUUGUACUGGCAAACGAACAGUGAAGAUAGACCCUUCCACCACUACAACGACCUCUUGGUAAUACUUAAGCCGAAAACGCGGGACCGUUAGAGAGAGAAGUUUUCAAGAGCGAUGGGAAGGGGAGACAGGAAAGCUCUUAUGUUGCUCUUCCUUUCGACCCCGCGCCAUUAGUAGACUCAUCUGUGAUGUAUUUGUACAGAUUCUCUGUUGGCGUGAUACGAGCAUAUUGGUGUCACGCAAGUCAUUUGCAUAACGAGAGUUCUCUUCUUACAGGCAGGAUUGGCGUCACCCGACGACCCAGACCAACUAUUGAUUGCUUUAGAACCUGAAGCAGCGUCGUUUUACUGCAGAACGCUACAGAUGAAAGACUUCCUGGGGGAGACUGGAGACGAAUCAGUGAACGAAGACCUGGCUUCAUAUGUCGUUGUAGAUAACGGAGGUCAGAUAUUUCUUCUUACUCGAGUCAUGAAUCAGCCUCGUUUCUGUUUUGGUUGAAUUUCGCAUUUCAUACCAUUACUACAAUGCAGUUGUCGUUUAACGAGAGUAAAAUAACAGUUUCUUUAAAGAUUACCUCAAAAUGCCUUCUCUCUCUGAUUUUAAAACCAGUGCAAGUGCGAAGCCUUUGAUUUGAGAAUAAUUUAUUGGUGCUCGUGCUUACGAGGCUCAUUUUAAAUAGAAAGAUUUUGAAUUUGACCUCACUUUAAAUGAGAGUUUUAGAGACUAGGGAAUAGCUUAGCACCUUGCGUCCUUAAGGCAAACUAAGCAGCGAGAUAUCCGAUCGGUCAUUCGCACCUCUAAGCUCAUUCCCAGGUUCUUUUCUCCUCCCAGCGAAGAGAACAGAGAACCUGGAAAUAAGGUAAGCGCGCCUUUACCACUCACGUCACUGUAGUUAACUGAACAGGCUUGGGCAAGCGCUAAUAGAGGUGGAGAUUAGUCAGAGCCCGAAACUCCUAUUCAAGUAUAUGUUCAAGUAAACGGUCAUAUUUUGAGUACGCUUUUGAAGGUAAUUCGUGUCUGUAUUGGUUUUGCUUUAAUAAAAACUUCACGAUUGGUCCAGAAAAUCCGCACCAUCCUCAACCACUAAGAAACCAGACUAGGAUCAAUGACGAUUGGUUAUGCGUUUUUCUCAUCGGCUCCUUCUGAUAUUUACCUUCAUUUUGAUUAGCCGCGGUGAUUGUUUUGGGUUUGGUUUUUACGAAGUUCAAUAUGAGCUUGCUCCUGCUCCUUUCAGGCGGUACCUUGGACAUAACAGUACAUGAAAUACAGGAGGACGGCACGAUCCGCGAGAUUCACUGUCCAGCGGGUGGCCAACUGGGAGGCAUACACGUAGAUAGGGAGUUCCAGAGCAUGCUGGUGACAAUAUUUGGAGAAGAUUUUAUCAACAAGUUCAGAAGAGAUUUCCCAAACGACUGGCAGAAAAUAAUGAACGAUUUUGAGAUACAGAAGAGAGCUGAGGAAGGCGUCGACAACGAGGAAGUCAGCAUAACUUUACCAUUUAACUUCGUGAACGCCUAUUCACGCGACAUAGGAAGUGACGAGAAUAUUAACGAAAGAUUGAAGAUGAACUACAAAAAUAACCAAGUGCAGGUUAGUAACGGUUACCUAAGUCUUAGUCUAGAGGUGAUCAGUGGUUUUUAUGAACCAGUUGUGCAAAAAACCGUGGGCGUUAUCCAGUCCCUCUUGGAGCAGAUCAAAGACGCAAGUGUGAACACGAUGUUUCUGGUAGGCGGUUUCUCUCAAGCACUACCACUGAGGAAAGCUAUAACCCAGGCCUUUCCUGACAUGAGGGUUUUGACCCCCCGCGAUGCCGAGCUGGCCAUCAUCAAAGGCGCAGUGAUGUUCGCUCAGGCACCAGAUUUGCUCACAACCCGGGUUAUGGCCAAAACAUACGGUAUCGACAUCAAUGAAACUUUUGACCCAAGUAAACACCCAGACGAGAAGAAGACAGACAUUUGCGGUGUCAGCUACUGCGAAGACGUUUUCGAUAUUCUGGUGAAAGAGGACGAACAGGUGAAGGUUGGAGAGAAGAGAACGUUUUUCUUUUCACCUGUGCACCCGGAACAGACAACAGCUUCACUUCGUUUCUUUAGCACUCACAACAAGAAGGUGCAGUUUGUGACAGACCAAGGAGUCACAGCAGAGAAUGUGGCCUUUCAGAUCGUCAGCCCGGAUGUUUCCAAAGGGAUUCACCGCAACAUAGAACUGGAUGUCUACUUUGGCGGAACUGAGAUCAAAGUCUUUGCGACUGACGUCACUUCUGGAAGUUCUGCCAAGGCCGCGCUGAGACUAGUGACUAAGAAUUUAACAUGA